UUGAUCUGCAGUUAAAUGGUUAUUCUUUUGUAUCGAAAUUUAUAAUUCGACAUAACUUAUGGUGGAGUGAUUUUUAAAUGUGUGAAUAGUAUUGCGCAUAUCUUUUCAUUUACCAUGUUUAAAAUGAAAAUAGUUUUAGUGAUUUUAACAGCACUGCUUAAUAUUUCUAUGGCAGUUAAAACAAAUCAUAAUUUGUGUCCAUUCCAGUUAUUGUGUUCAUGUAUUAAUGUUAAUGGAACAAAAACAGUAACAGUUACUUGCCAAGGUAUGCGAAAUUUAAUGAGUGUUAAAAAUGUGGUGAAACAUUUAAAAUCAAAACCGAUCAAACUAUUAAAAGUGAAACGAUGUGCAGAAAAAAAUUUAGCUUUUCCAGUAUUUAAUAAUCUAACGAUAUUUGAAAUCAGAAUAAACUGCCCACUUCGAACUAUAGCGGACAAGGCUUUCGUGGAAACUCAUUCUUUAACGAGGUUGAAGAUUUCUUCAAGUUCACUUCAGAAAAUUCCUGCCGCCAUUAAUCAAGUCAAGGCUUUGAAAACUCUUGCUAUUGUGGGCGGCCCAUUAACAAGAAUCGGAGGCCGACUACAGAACAUGACUGAACUUGAAAAACUCUCUUUGAAACAUAACAGGAUAAAGGAAAUAACUGCCCAUACCUUUUCGGGUGAUAAAAAACUACAAUCAAUAAUACUAGCAAGAAACAAGUUGAGAAGUAUAGCACCUGGAACAUUUGAUCCUUGCCCGAAUUUAAAUCUGGUUGAUUUGGAAGACAACUACCUUCAAACAGUUGAUGGCUUAUUUAAUAAUCCAAACUUGAAGGUAAUCAAUCUCAAAAGGAAUGAUUUAACCUCACUGGAAGAAGCAUUUAACGAUAUUAUGGAUAUUGAAGAGCUGCACUUGAAUGGAAAUAAGAAUCUAACUUAUAUCAGUGAUAAGGCACUAGGUUUCAACCUUCACAACUUGCUUAAAUUAUCUUUAAGAGAAUGCGGUCUCGAGAAGGUUUCAAAAGCAUUUCUGAUACCAUUUUCUCACCUUGAAGAACUAGAUUUGAGCUGCAACUCAUUGAGAAUUAUUCCUGAUGGCUUUUUCAACAAUUUGGAAAACUUGAUUAAAGUUACUCUUAAAAACAAUCGCCUAAGGAGUGUUAAAAAUUGUUUUGGUCAGAACUAUCGAUUGGAGCAUAUCGAUUUAAGUGAUAACUUAAUCGAAUCUUGUGAUAAUACUUUUCAUUCGAUGGCCUCACUGAAAAGUAUUGAUUUAAGUAGAAACAGACUUCGGUGGAUAAAAAAUACGGAUUUUUCUACAAGUCCAUGGCUUAGAAAGUUGUCACUCAACAUAAAUAAUAUUUCCCAAAUUGAUUCAGAAGCUUUUUCUCAUUUGAAACAGUUACAAAUUAUCAAUCUAUCCGAAAAUGAGUUGAAGAAUUUGAAUGGUUCAUUUAGAAACACUCCCUAUCUGAGAGAACUUAUUCUGCAUUCUAAUGGUCUAGGAGAACUGAAUGAAAAUGAUUUCUCAGCGGCUGGUCGAGUAACAAGAUUGAACUUGGCAAACACCAAUUUAAGCCGAGUUCAUGGUGCUUUUAAAAAUUUAUCUAAUUUAAAAUCCUUAACUAUUAGAAAGAACAAACUGAGUGUUUUAUCCAGAGAAUCAUUUCCUCGUAUUAUAAAGAUUCGAGAAAUGUUUUCAUCAGAAAAUAAAUGGAUAUGUGAUUGUCGCCUUUUAUGGAUCAAAGAUUGGAUGCAGAACACAAACUUACGAAACUUAAAUCUCGACUUCAACUGUUCUUCACCAAUCCAUUUCAAAUCAAAAAAGUUAAGUCAAUUGACAAAAGAAGACUUGGUUUCGUGGCCAAAAGAUGAUUGUCCAUCUCCUUGUGAGUGUUCAUGCGUUGCAGACGGCGAAGAGCGUUAUGUGAAUGUGAAUUGCUCAUCAAGAGAACUGAGAGAAAUUCCAACUAAAUUUCCAGAAUUGAUUGGCGAACUGAAUCUUCGAGAAAACAUGCUGUCAAAUCCAAUCAAGCUCAACCUUCCUUCAACAUCCAAGUUAAAGAUCUUGAAUCUGGAAAGCAACUUAAUUGCUCGAGUGGACUUCAAACUUCCCAAUAACAUAGAGGUUCUUCUACUGGCAAACAACAAUAUUACAAGAUUCAUAGAUUAUCCACCGUCUAAUGUCAAAACAUUCACUCUAUCUCGAAAUCCGUGGUAUUGUGAUUGCGAUACUCUGCCUUUCAGAAAGUGGAUGAUAGCACACGAAUCUAAGAUUACAGAUGCAAAUGAGACAGUUUGUAGCUACAGAGACGGCAAAGAAAGCUUGAGAGGGAGAUUAAUAAUGAAUCUAAGCGAAAUUGAAUUUUGCCCUGAAUUAUUACGGAACUAUAUCUUAAUGGGAGCAGGAAGCUUGAUGACACUUAUGAUGACCGUGACCUCUUUUGUGGUUUAUUUCCGAUAUCGAUAUCAUUUAAGAGUUUGGCUCUACUCAAGAGGUUUCAGAUGCCUCAAAAAUAGAGACAAGAGAGACACUGGAAAACUAUAUGAUGCAUAUAUUUCGUUCUCUGAUGAAGACGCUGAAAUGGUCAGACACCAUUUUUUGCCAGAGCUGGAGGAGAAACAUCCAUUUUAUAAAUUAUUUGUACCCCAGAGAGAUCUCAAAGCAGGAAAUUUUGAAAUAAACAAUCUGAUGGAACAAGUUUUGGAUAGCAAACGUGCAAUCAUCUUGCUUUCUAGGCACUACCUGAAAAACGAGUUCUGUAUGGAGAUAUUUAGAGUCGCAUUUGCGAAUUCACUGGAGGAAAAAUUGCAUCGGGUCAUCCUUGUGAAGUUUGGACCCCUUCCACCCAUGAACCAUGAACCAUCCACCCAUGAACCUUCCACCAUGAUGGAAUCCUCAAGGAGUCUCAAGUUCGGAACGAGAUUAUUCUGGGAUAUGCUGCAGUACGAAAUGCCAGAAAAACGUCCCAGAUCUACCAAUAACUACGAACUGUUAGACGACAAAUCUGGUGAUGUUCCUUUGAUAGAAGAAUUCUAAAUAUAUUCGCUAAAGUAUUUCUAGGAAAAAGAAAAACUCCUUAUUUGUAAUUUCAUUAACAAUAUGUUCUUGUUUCCAAUAAUUAAAUCUUUUAA